AUGGCGUCUCGCGUUACCGCGCCGUUGGCCUCGCUGCUGUUACUGCUUUUGGGUGCACAGAAAGCGGUUGCAGCAUGCACGAACGUAACGGUGUUCUCCACUCAACUGGAUACAUUGCUGGCAGAGUACGACCGUGAAGCAAUGCCCAGCUCGCGCGUGAAGGUGGAGCUCUCGCUGGACGUGAGACAUGCUACCGUCAACGAGCAGACAUCUUCCGUCCGGAUGCUGGCUGAUUUGAAGAUGAGUUGGGACGACAAGCGGUUGACUUGGAACGUAUCAGACUGGGGCUGUGACAGUGCACCGGUGUCCGCUGAACGCCUUUGGCUUCCUGACGUAGCCCUCGUAAGCGCAGCCACACAAGGAGCUGAGACUGAGGGACAACGUGCCCGAAUAGUCGCCAGUGGUCGAGUUUCGUGGACUUCCAGAUUGGACCUCUCCGCACCCGUGGCUUUGAAACUCGAUGACUGGCCUCGAGAUGUGCACACCAUCCUGUUUAAGUUCGCCUCCAGAGACCACGAUUCAGAUCAGAUAGAUUUGUCCUUGAGGGAAGAUGAACACGUGACAGUAUUCGAGUCGGGCGCUUGGGAGCUGGUGGGCGUGUCGCGGUCUUCAAAGGUGUGGUUACAAGAGGGCAGAGAGCGGCAGUUAGCGACCUGGAAGUUAGCGUUGAGGAGGAGGGCACCAGCGCACUCCGUGGCCACUGGUUUCGUAUUGGCUGCCUGCGUUCUGCUGUUGUUAGCCGCGCUACCAUUACCACUCAGCGAACGAUCUCCGCUCUUUGCGUGUGCUUCCUUCACUGCUGCGCUAUGGCUGAUGUCGGCGCUGGCGCGGGUGCCCGGCGGCGCUGGGGUGCCGCGCGCGGUGGCGGCGCUGGGCGCGCUGUGCGCGUGCGGCGGCGCGGCGGCGCUGUGCGCGGCGCUGCUGCGGCGCACGGCCGCCGCGCGCGCGCCGCCGCCGCGCCGCCUGCGCGCCUGCCUCUCCGCCGCCGCGCAGCUCUGCGACCUCGCACCGCCUCAGGGCACGUCGGGCAGUGAGUGCAGCGCGUGGGCGGCGGCGGCCCAGCUCUUGGACUAUGUGCUGCAGGCGGCACUUGUACUCACCGUUUUCGUUAUCGUCUGCGUCUAUCUGUAG